GGACAUUCAAGUGUGGAAGUCCUCAAGUUGCUUACAGUGAACUUGGAUGCGCUUGGGGCAAUACGAAAUGCUUAUGGAGGUCGGGAGGCUUUUAAUGUUCAUUCGACAAGCCGCCAUAGUGAGCAGAGCCCAUUUCCAGACCAACUAAAGGGCAUGUGGUUUUGUUUGAAACAAAAGUUCUUUGAGCCUCCUGAGGACCAGGACUUCGUACCAAAGCUCUCCUACAAGGGUGAAGAAAUUGGCAGGGUUUCUACCACACUGGUCGAUGUGUAUGAGAAAGGAAAAGACAAGGUAGCUCAAAACUUUGGCCGCAAAUUAUUUAACACUUUUCACAUUCUA